AUUCGACCAUCUGAAACUUGAAAGUUGGCGUUGGCAAUGUGCCACACGAUGGUGGCAAUGCACACGAGUCCCUUGUUCUACUGUAGCUUUAAUAGUGAAACUUGGAAGCGCUCCCCAUGUUGCAUCUGAUUGCAAGCUGCAUGAUCGCUUGAAUGCGAUACUUUGGUUAGUUCGUGAAGCCCGUUCCGACUCUCUUCUAUAAGGCGAAGGACCCCAGCUGCCCAUCGCAGAAGUGAAUCAGAAAGGGUAACUGAGCUUUGGAUGCCAGAGAUGGUUUUAUACAUUUGCGCAAGCAGAGCUGAACAACUUGAGAUCUGAAGCUUCCAAGUUUAAAUUUCAGCAAUGGAAUCUCCAUCUGCAGCUGAAAGCUCUCAGUCAGCCGUGGGUAUCCUCUUAUCGACAAUCGCGGAUCGGAACCUCAGCAGUGAUAUCCUGGAGAACGGGACGGGCCCCGACAUCGAAGAUGGGGUGAAGCAGCUGCAGCACGUGCGGCUUGAUCGAGAGAAUAUUGUGUCCAUCAGCGGCGAGAUACUGCCUCUCCUGCCAAACAUCACAAACCUGUACCUACAACAGAACCGCAUCGAGUCGCUUCUCCCACUGGCAUCAGCGACCAACCUGCGGUUCCUGACGGUGGCGGGGAACAAGCUGACCUCAACGAGAGGGCUGGAGAAGCUGACAAAGCUUCUAUUCCUGGACGUAUCAGACAAUCUGAUUGCUUCUUUAAAUCCUGGAGCGGACCUCCCGACGGGGCUGUCCUUUCUUGACCUGCGCAACAACCCGUGCUGCUCCGACCUCACUCUGACCAAGCAAGUGUGCGAGGCCCUGCCCGACCUACGGACCCUCAACGGCCAGAACUUGGACGAGGAGUCUGAGCUGGACGACGACGGGCCGAGCGUUCACAGUGGAGGUGCUCACCAUCUGGGGGAAGAAGACCUAGAAAGCCCAGGGGCGGAUGGCGGUUUGACCGCAGAGUCGAGGGAGAUGAUACAGCGGUCUCGGAAACGGGUUGAACAGGAUCGCGAGGACAGCCUGGAGACCAUCUCGGAGUUGCGGCACUUGCAAGCCAACACGGCAGUGCGGUUGAAGGAACUGCAGCUGCAAACGGGUGAGCAGUCCGGGAAGCAACAGCCGUCGUCAUCCUCGGAGCAUUCUUAGCAAGCCAUGUCGUGGUUACAUAGGUCGACGCAGAUCCACAUGCACACAACAAGUAGAGUCGGCAUUCGGUAGGAAGUCCCGACUGCCAAGCUCAUCAGGCAACGCAAGAACUGAUUACUAUUAGCGGUAGGUCUACAGGACAGCCUGGGGGUGUGGAUCUGUGGUUCAGGAAUUGUUGCGUCUAUCCAGUGCUUCUGAUACGGUGUGUAUAGUAUCAAGCGAGGUCGGAUAAGCAAAUAGGCGCUCUCUUACCCUUUCAAUUGGAGCUCUGUUGUUUACGAAGUGCAGGUCUAGUCAGGUAGGCUCGGAAAUCUCUUUCAGAGUAGAUUAGAGUUUGCUUUUGGUACUUGGUACCUAGCAGGAUUGUGUCUGACAACAGCAAUCAAUUGCAAGCAGUAUGCGGCAAUGAUAAGACCUGUGGCCAUCUUGGAUGUUUCUCAGCCGGUGUAUACACCACCGUAAUCAUAUGAGGCUCUGCUGAUGCAACAGCCUGAGGUACGUG